AUGGAUCUAGUCCUGGACGCCGCCGACCGGCACCUCCUCACGCCCUACGUGUACCCCGCCGGCUGGCCCGAGGGCGAGCCCUGCCGCCAGCUCCUCAGCCUCUUCGUCAUCACCAACCUGGGGGCGCUCGCCCUCUACCUGCUCUUCGGCACCCUCAGCUACUACUUCGUCUUUGACCACCAACUCAAGACGCAUCCCCAGUUCCUAGAGCGUUUCCACAAGCCCCACCACCUCUGGAAGAUCGCGACGCCUUUCGCCAGCCACGCCUUCCACCCCGUCGACGGCUUCAUGCAGAGCCUGCCCUACCACGUCUACCCCUUCCUCUUUCCCCUGCACAAAGUCACCUACUUGGGCCUCUACAUCUUCGUCAACGUCUGGACCAUCUCCAUCCACGACGGCGACUACCGCGUCCCCCGCCUCCUGCGACACGUCGUCAACGGAUCGGCCCACCACACCGACCACCACUUCUACUUCGACUGCAACUACGGGCAGUACUUCACCCUCUGGGACAAGAUCGGCGGCUCCUACAAGAGCCCCGCGUCCUUCGAGGGCAAGGGCCCCCGCGACUACUUGCGCAAGCUCCGAGAGAAAGGCCCGGCGGCACCGAAGGGCCCUGAGGCCACGAGAACGCCCCAGCCCGAGGAGAAAAAGCAUCGACGCGCUUCCUAA